AUGUCUAAGUUUAAAGAUCAACCUACAUCUUCUCAAAGUGGAUGCGGCUGUUUGGGUAGUUCCAAAUAAAAAAAUAUGAUGAAGUUCUCUCACAUCGAAGUGGAUGAUGAGAUUGUAUCUGCAUCAAUCAUUAUGGAAAUGAUAUACAGAGGCUAGAAUGCUCAAAUAGCACUCUCUCGUUGUAGACUCAAUCCCAACUUAGUCUUACUUUAAUUUAGAGAUGAUUUAGAGUACUUUGUUCCACAACUAAUCAACCAAAUAUUAUAUAAAUAGCUGGAAUAUGUGCUUAAUUUUAUCCUGAAGGCUGCUGAAGUAGACUUUUUCUUUGCUCACACAUUCUUUUUUGCCUGGAGAUCCAUUGUAAAUGAUAACAAUCCAGAAAUCGAAAAUUAUUUAAGACUCUUUUUAUCAACACUAGAUAGAGUCUAUAAAAAGACUAUGUUAAUCGCUGCUUGUCUUGAGAACCAUCAAUUUAAUGAUGGCAUUGAGUAACAAGUUUCUAAAGGGGUUCCUAUCGUUUAAUAGGUUAAUAAGUUACCUGACCGAAUUCAAGAAUACGGUACCUUAUUUUACUCUAAUCAUGUCUUUAAUGAUACACUACAUCUAGCAAAUUAUGAAUCAAUUUUCAGAUAAGCUCAACCUUCAGGAUUUUGUUCGACUAUUGAUUUUUGGGAUGACAUCAUAUACAUUUCAUAAAAUUUGCAUCUGGCAGAUCCAAAAAUAAUAUCCCUAAAGGCCGAUAUUCAAAAAAUCAACAGAGGUUUACCAGCUGCAGUUUAUAUACCGUUUUAGGGAGUUAGAAAUUACGUUGUACUCAAUAUAGUCGUUGAUGAAUGCAGAGUAUUUUCAACAAAAUGCAGAUCCCCAUUUUAUUUGUGCUUUGAAAUCUACAGGCCAGAAGAAGAAGCAGAACUAAUUCCUAAUCCACUCAGAAACAGUCGCUUGUCUGUUCCAAAAACUGUUGGGAAAAUGGAUAAUAAAAAUAGCAGUGAAAAUAAUGAAACAUAGGAUUGUACAAGAAAUAGACCUACAUACCUAUGCAAAAUUGUAGAAGCUGAAGAGGAUGCUGAAGAAGGUAAGGAAGAUUUGAGUCAAUUCAGUAAUAUAUUAAGGGAUAACGAUGUCACACAUUCAUAUUAUGAGGAUUUAAAUAAUUUAGUAUCAAUAUAGAAUGUUUCAGGACAAUAAUUAAAGAAAAUGUCUAAGAAGGAAUUGACUGAUGCAAUUUAUGGUACUGACACUUCAGAAAAGAUAAGGAACAGCUCUCCUUUUAGAAAUUUCAAAACUUGGAAAUUAGUACAUCUUAUUGUUAAGUCUGGAGAUGAUUUGAGAUAAGAACAAUUUGCUAUGCAAUUAAUAUCAACAUUUGAUCAGAUCUUCAAAAUUGAGUAGUUAAAAUUGCAAUUAACAACUUAUGAAGUUAUAUCUUUAGGACCAGGCUAUGGUUUAAUAGAGGUAGUAAGAGAUGCCCUAUCCAUUGAUUCUUUUAAAAAGAAGUUGAAUGAUAUCUUAAAAAUCAAGUGUUUGAGUCAAUAUUUUAGAAUGAAUUCAUCUCAGGCAAUGAUAUCCAAUUUCUUAAAUAGUUUGGUUGCUUAUAGUCUCGUGUGUUAUUUCUUAUAAAUUAAGGACAGACAUAAUGGAAAUAUAUUAUUACAUCGGGAUGGUAACAUUGUUCAUAUAGACUUUGGAUUUUUCUUAUCGAGUGCACCAAAAGGUAACUUAGAGAAAGAAGUCCCAUUUAAAUUGACUGAGGAAUAUGUAGAGAUUUUGGGAGGAUACGAUUCAAAUUUGUUUAAGAGAUUUAGAAAAAUGUUCUUUGAAGGUUUUAAAGCAAUUAGAAGACACAAAGAUAAAAUUCUCUUGUUAGUGAAAAUGAUGGAGAAUUCAAAUUUGAAUUGUUUCAAAGAGAAAACAUAAGCUGAUUUAGAAAGGAGAUUCUUAUAAAAUGAUCUGUCUGACACAUAACUCUAUGUGCAAUGUCAAAAAUUGAUAGAUUUGAGUAGGGGAAAUUGGAGAGCCAAUUGGUAUGACAAAUAUUAAUACUAUUUUUAAGGAAUCCUGUAUUGAUUAAAAUUAAUUUUAAAUUUUAUUAUUUUUAGUAAAAUAAUUUUAA